AUGGAGAACUACAAGUUUCUGGAAAUAGUUUCGCAGGACGCUCAUGGGGCUCUGCAAAUGAUGAAACACACGAAAGAUAACACGAAAGUGCUUGUCAAGAUGGUUGAAUGCAUGGAUGAGGCAAUGGCCAACAAAACCGUAAGGGAAGCCAUGUUCCUGUUGGACCUGCAGCAUGCAAAUAUUUGUAAAUACAAGGAGAUCUUUGUUGCCUGGAAUAAAGAGGAAGCAGCUUUGUCAGUUUGUUUGGUGAUGGAAUACAAUCACGUAGGAGACUUAGGUAUAGUCAUCCGAGGCAAGAGACAGAGGAAGGAGAAGGUCAGGGAGAUGGUGAUCGAGAACUUCUUGGGACAAAUGGUGGAUGUCCUUGUCUACAUGCACUCCAAAAAUGUGAUUCAUGGAAACUUGAAAGCCACCAACAUCCUAAUGAUGGAGGAUUUCUCCUUUGCAGUUUCUGAUUUCACCAUUCCUAUGUUUUUCAAAGAUGAGGUUAAAUUCAAAAUAAGGAUAAAAGAGGAUCAAAAGAUUCUGAUGGCACCAGAAGUGCUGGAAGGCAGACUUGACACAGCAAAUGACAUUUGGUCUACAGGAUGCAUUAUACUUGACAUGAUGUGCAGCAGGAUGUCUGAAGCUGAGUUUCUACAGCUGGUUCAGGAUAUCAAAGUCGACAGGAAACGCCUGGAGCUGGUCCUGGAGGAGCUUCACACACAACAGAAGUACACCUCCAGUCUGUGUCACCUGGUGCAGACAAUGAUGGAACCAAAUUACCAGAAUAGAAUCACCAUAUUGGAGCUGAGGGAGCUGGACUACGUGGUGGAGUCACUGAUAGUCUGCAAUUCUCUUCUGUCUGGAAGGAAGAAGUUAUUACUGGGCGUGUCGAAAAUACCAUAUGUUGGAAAUGUUGAUAAGCUACUAGAGUAUAUGCAGAGUGAAAUCGAUGUAGAAGAUGUCCAGAAAGAGGCACUGCAAUACCUGAUUUACUUAUUGCAUGAAGGCAAGGUGCUGAUGGACAGUGCACAGGUUACUCCAGUCCUUACCACUUUGCUGAACGUCCAUCCAGACUGCUUGGAAAUACAGGCUGAGGUGUGCCAGAUAUUCCUGAAGCUUGCAAUUAAAGCCACAGAGCUCAGUGUGGAAGAUGACAAUCUGUUCAGUGAGACUGUGAUCAACGUUGUUCUGUCAGUGAUGGAGUCACAACGCAAGUGUGUGGAUCUUCAGAUAGUCAUUUGCAAACUUCUCAUGGUGCUGUCAGGAAGUGAAGCAGCUGGAAAGCUGAUUGGGCAAGCCAAUGGGAUCCAGUCAAUCUUGACGACAUUGAGAACGUACAUUGAUUACAGCCACAUCUGCAUUCCCUGCUGUGGAGCUAUCUGGAGCCUUGUCACAACCAAAAAAAAUGCACGAACAGCAAAAUUGGAAGGUGCCCUGGGUACUGUUUGGAAAGUACUGAAGAAUCAUCUUCAGAAUGGAGAUGUGGUGGAGUCAGCCUGCUCAGCACUAUGGGCUCUUUCCUUGGAGGAGACACUGUCCGAUGAGCAGUUUGAAGGCAUCACUCUGCUCCUAAUUCAAGCGUACAUUCUCCAUCUACGAAAAGAAAAUAGCGUGAAGAAUAUCUGUCUCGCCCUGUCUAGCCUGAUCCGAAUGUCAGAGCUUGUGGCCUUUCGGAUUCUGGUGCCGAACAUGCAACAUGAUGGCUUGAGUGUGAUCAUGGAGAGUUACCACAUCCACCAGACUGAUGCUGAGGUGGUGCAGACCAUCUGCUUGGUGUUUCUGGACAUGGUGCAGUAUGAGGACGUUUUGCCUGAUCUGAUCUCCCGAAAAGUAGACAAGCUACUGAAUGAAAUCAAAAUCAAAUUUGCAUCUAAUGAGGAUAUUGUCAUCAUAGUAAAUUCUACACUUCUAAAACUUCAGACGGUGGAUGGAGAAUCUGAGAAUGCAAGCGGCAGGACAUCUGUUGAAUAAUCAGGUCUUCAAUUAAACUGAUGAAUGUUCUGCCUCAUGUUGAUUAUAUUCCUUCUCAGGACCUGAUCACAGCACCUGAUUCUGGUAACACAGACAGCCAUCAUCUUCUCCCAAAGGUGCUUUAGGUCAAACAGGGAUCACUUCAACCUAGUCCUGCCUUUAUCCUUCCAACCUGAGCUCUAUACUAACCGCACUGUCCUGAAAUCUGUUAGGUUUGACUCACUCGCAUUUGUUUCGCGGACACCUUUAAAUAAAGUUAAUAAAACCCAAGACAGAAGAAGAUCGGCAAUUCAAAUCCUGCUCCAGAGAUUUGAGAAAUUAGCUUUUUCCAGAGUCAGUAACCAGGGGAAUGAAUCUAAACAGAUCAUGUGAAAACUCUCCAUGCAGUACGGAAGCACUGAGUUUACAA